AUGUCAAUUGAACAAAUAACACCAGUGGACAACACCAUUGAAAUUAGAUGGUCAGAUGGCCAAAAAUCAAAAUAUCAUAAUAUUUGGUUGAGAGAUAAUUGUCAUUGUUCAUCAUGUUAUUACCCAUUGACUAAACAAAGAUUAUUAAAUUCUUCAACAAUUGAUUUAAAUAUUAAGACUAAAUCUAUCACACCCAAAAAUGAUGAAAUUGAGAUAGUAUGGGAUAAUGAUCACACAUCAAUUUAUGAUACAGAUUGGUUAAGAAUACAUUCAUAUAAUCCUAAAUUAGUACCUAUUGAAGAUAAAUUAAAAAAUGCAAAAGAAAUAUUAAAACAAGAAUUGUGGCAAGUUAAAGAUAUUGAAAAUAAUUUACCACAAGUUGAUUAUAAUACAGUAAUGCAAUCAUCAGAUGAAACAGAUCAAGAAGAAGCAAUAAAAGAUUGGAGUUUAAAAAUUUGGAAAUAUGGAUUUUGUUUAAUUAAUAAUGUACCUAUAAAUCCAAAAGAUACUGAAAAAUUAUGUGAAAAAUUAAAUUAUAUAAGACCAACUCAUUAUGGAGGAUUUUGGGAUUUUACAUCAGAUUUAUCUAAAGCAGAUACAGCAUAUACAAAUUUUGAUAUAAGUAAUCAUACUGAUGGAACUUAUUGGUCGAAUUCUCCAGGUUUACAAUUAUUUCAUUUAUUAUAUCAUGAUGGUAAAGGUGGUACAACUUCUUUAGUUGAUGCUUUUAAAUGUGCUGAAAUUUUUAAAAAAAAUCAUCCAGAAAGUUAUGAAAUAUUUACUAACAUACCAGUACCUGCUCAUUCAGCUGGUGAACCAAAAGUUUGUAUACAACCAGAUAUUCCACAACCGAUUUUUAAAUUAGAUCAUCACGGGAAAUUGAUACAAGUAAGAUGGAAUCAAAGUGAUAGAUCAACUAUGGAUUAUUGGGAACAACCAGAAGAUGUUUUAAAAUUUUAUCAAGCUAUAAAAGAUUGGUGUUCAAUUAUAACUUCAUCAGAAAAUGAAUUAUGGCAUCAAAUGAAACCUGGACAAUGUUUAAUUUUUGAUAAUUGGAGAGUUUUCCAUUCAAGAAGUGAAUUUACUGGUGAGAGAAGAUUAUGUGGUGCAUAUUUAGAAAGAGAUGAUUUUGUAUCAAGAUUGAAACUUUUAACAUUAGGUAGAGAUGUUGUAUUAGAUAGUAUUUAA